CGAGGAGUUCAGCAACGACCCAGCUUCGGCAGCAGCCCAGGGUUUCAGCGGGCUUCAUCCUCGCCAGCAGCUGACCCGUCGUGUCCUCGUCCUGUCAGAGGGAAAUUGUCCAUAAAUAGGAAGGACAGUCGGAUCAGAGGCCACAAAAGGCAGCAGCUCACGUCUACAGUCCCCCAGGUCUUUGAUAUUCCCAGACACUGACAGCUGGGUGUGAUGACUGUUGUUGACCAGCCAGGGCAUUUGCCUGUUUGGUCACCCCCGUUAGCACGAAUGUAAUAGAAAGAAGCGUUUAUCUAUGUUAAGCUCCCCGCUGGACUCUCCCUGCACCAAAUGCGACGCGUGUGGUCAUCAAAGAUUAAAAGCAAGCGGCCUACUUUUAGUUUGCGAUUCAUGCUGAGCCAAAACUUUACAGGUGUCAACUUCUAAAGGAAACAUAUUUGCAAAGCUUGUGUGGACAAAUGGAUGAUAUAUAUCAAGUUAAUUUCUCUCAAGGGGAUGUGGUGGUAUUGGCUUUUACGUAUGUAAUCAAAAUAUUGCAUUGAUACAAAAUGUUACUCUGAAAUACCUCAUUCCAAGCACCGCUUAAUAAUGUCUUCUCCCUCCUAUUUUACUUUACUCAUCCCUUGUUAAUCUGAAUCCCACCUCAUGGACAGAAGCACCAUUCUUUUCUUGUUGAACACACAAGUGAAGAGUCAUAAUGUUUGCAGUAUUUUCAACUUUGGUGAGUCAGUGGGGCAGUGCCAUGUGAGAGUUCAGCUUCCUGACGCCCUGGUGGAUGAGACUGUUUCCCAGUCUGGGAAGCUACAGUUCUAACGAUUAAACUCUACUCUAAAAAAAAACAAAAAAUUUGGUUUGUGGUUUAUAAAGUAACACUCUACUCUAAAGAUUGAAAGAAAAGUCUUGAUAUAUUUCAGUUUGUGUCAACAAUAUGAAGAACUAUGCGGACUCCUCAAGCAGUGUAGGAAAUAUUCUGAGGAAAUAUUGGCGACACCCUUUGUUGACAACAUUUUAUUCUUGUGACGCUUCUGUUUGAGUAGGUUAGAUAAACAUUUCAAAACGACAAGAAAUCAGUGAUUGACUUCGGAACAUGAUUUGACCUUUUCUCCAUCGUAAGUUAAACCUUUAUGGGCUCACUUCUGUUCCUUUGUGUCUCUUUACAUCACACAAGACGCCAUCGUUGCCGCUCUGUGACUGUGCCAUGGCGUCACUCUGCCAGAGUCAGCAGCGCUGCGUCAAGGCCUCCAUCGUGUCGAGCUGGAGGCUGGCCGAGGCGCAGGACCAGCUUUGCUCUUUAGGGGUCCACAGCUCGGAGUCGCUGGAGCAGGAGCGUGCUCGGACUCUGGCCUGCCCCUCAGAACUCACACACACAGAGGAAGAGUGGCGUCGGAAGGAGAGCAUGCUGGGAGGUCAGGAACCAAGCCGCAGCUCCGUGCUCGGCGCUGUUGGAAGUUGGGACGUCUUCGAUAAGAGUAUUAUCAAUAUCCAGAAUCAACCCGUAGAACAGGAUCAAGACAAAUGCAAGUCGUUUCUUCAGAAGCAUGAACAAGAGCUUCGGCAUUUUGGUAUGUUGAGGAGAUGGGACGACAGCCAGCGGUUCCUUGCGGAGAUGCCUCAGCUGAUUUGCGAGGAAACGGCCAAUUAUUUAAUCCUGUGGUGCAUGAGACUACAGGAAGAAGGGAAAGAAGCGCUGAUGGAGCAGGUGGCACACCAAGCUGUAGUUAUGCAGUUCAUCCUGGAGAUGGCCUCAAACUCUCAGCAGGAUCCUCGAGGCUGCUUCAGACAGUUCUUCCACAAAGCCAAAGAGGGACAAGACGUCUAUUUAGAGGUCUUCCACACAGAACUUGAGGCCUUCAAACAGAGAGUCAAAGAACACACGGUGAAAUGUAGAAGUGAAGCGCCCACUGUUGAACAGCAGAAUACUGGCACAAACUGCAGAGACGCCCCCAAAGCCGUAACAGACUCUUUACCUUUAGUGGCAGAGUAUCCCAUGAAGCGUUGCAUAGAGACUGGACUUUGGACAAGCACAGGGUGUUGGACAAAGGAGGACACUUCAGAGACAGAUGACAUGCGAAUGAUGGAGACCUCUUAGGAAACGUACGACCAGCUGCUGCUUCUCUUCCAUCGCCGCCAUUUACCCAAUUAAGGAACAAGCUGAGCUGGAAGCUCUCCUCUCACACUGAACCCGGCUGAAAAAUGUUGCAGCAGAGAAAGAAUUAAGAGAGAUGCACUCGGUCUUCUGUGCUCCAGCGUUCAGCAAACUGGAGUAAAUCAUGUUUUUCGAAUGACGGUUAGAUCUCAGUGCUGCUUUUAGUCGGUUGCUGUGGUUGUCCUCUUGCAGGUAGGUUGCUGCUGGAUCUUUUGGUGGCUAUAAAGCUUGUUGUGCCAUAAUCACCUUUUUACCAGAUGGGCUUCUUGCAUUCUAAUCAUUGUUAUGGUUCACUUGUCUCUGUAAAAGUAGAACUGAUAAAGUGUGAGCGAUGUUUUCCAGACAACACAAAAGAUACUUAACCAAAAAAAAGCAUUUGAGCAAAAACUGGUAUAAACAGCUGGAGUUGGACUCAGGGUGGUGGAGGACGUGAAGGAGAUCAUGUUAGGUCUGCGAGGGAAGAGUGUGUUGUAUAAAUGGCCUUUUUACUUUCCUGCUUGAACAGACGCGACAGUUCACUCACUCAUGAACAGUAAUUGUUGCCGUAGAAGAAUCUGGGGUUCACCAUGCGAGAUGUCGUGUGGGUACUGAGCUAAAGCUGCUAGCAUGAACCGUGUACUGCAGUACAUUUGACCUACAUGCACAAUUUUACUUGAUCUGGCUCGAAGCUGGUGUGUUUUUUGACUGAUCAGCCUCGUGUGAACAGUUUAUUUGUGACACAGCAGUUGUCCUCAGUUCCAGGUGCUCGGGUUCUCUCCAUGGAGCUGUUUAUGGAAAUCAAAUCCAUCAUCAGAAGACCAAUGCACCGAAGUAAAAGUGCUUCGUAGAAAGAAGGGAGAAAGGUGUUCUGAUUGCUUUAUGUCAAAAUCAAAAGUUAUGUUUUUAGAAUAAAUACAACCGGUUUAGAUUGUUAAAAUUAAAAUGCCUAAUUUGGCUAAAAUGGUGUAGCAUACUUUUGCACAAUCAGUUUAAAAAGAAAAUGCUUUGGAGUCAUUUGUAAUUUGUGCUGUAAUGCAAAUUAUAUUUUAUGGAGUUUACAGACAAUCUUGUGUGGAUUUACAAAGUGUGCUGGACCCUGCUCAUCCAAGACGCAUUUCUUUUAAGUUCAUUACUUGAUCUUUAUACCAAGUCCAGACAAGAAAAGAGGGUUUAUAGUUUCUAAUGCAUCUUGUUGGUCUUAGUUUUCACUAACAUGGUUAAUGGGAUAUUGUCUGAGUGUUUAAUGUGUCUAAAAAGUGUUCCUGUAUUUGUUAUGGUGUUGAUAGGCAGGGUUUUAAUUAUACCUAAAUACAAAGACCUUUUUUUAUUUUUUUUUCCUUUUUGGUCACAUUGUUCUAAGUUCCCACAGCUUUCACAUGACCUGCAUACAAAGGAGUUUCACAUAGUUUACCAAGACUCUUAGGCUGGUUUUAUGGCAGGAGGUGAAGGGGCUGAGCAAGCAGAUGUAAUAAAUAGCAUUUCUCACUUGAAAGAUAUCAAAAGUAAACGCGCCAUGGUCAGGAAGCGAACAGCAUUCGGAUUGUCAGUUGUUUGAAGCUGCGCAGUUCAUUAUAGAUUCAUAGAGAUCAGCUGAGGCAGUUUGAGCAUUGGGGUGUUUUGGAUUUUGUUUUGUAGCGAGUAUUCCUUUGUGUUGUCUGGACAGACUUUAAAGCUUAAAGUUCAACCGUAACCAAGCAUAGAACUCCCUUUUUCCAUUCAUCAGCACAUUCUACUGCGGGCAGACAAAUGGGUUUGUAUUUCCAGCCAAUGCCAAAACUGCAGAAAAUUACAAAAUACAAUGUUCUCAUACAUUUUAUGUGCAUUUGACAAGAGCGCUUACUGGAAAAAAAAAAAAAUCACAAAUGUUUCAAGAACCUAGUUUUCCACCACCUUAAAUGCCUAUAAGAAAACAAUGAGCAAUGAUACGGUGCAUGCUUUAAUGUAUGUGAGACGACCUAAAAUAAGAUAUUCAAAUUUCCUACAUAGUGUUUAGGUUGAGUCUAGUUUGAGAGCAUGCAUAUGGAGUCCGAUGGAAAUGUUAGAGCGUGCUGUGUUUGUUGCUCAUGGGUCUAUUAAAUCGUUCUUGUUUUUUGGUUUUCGUUUAAACACUAGGGUGACAUCGGUUCACAUCAUGCCAAAUAUGUCAUUUGGUUAGUUUAUUUUUGUUUCUUUUUAUUUUAGUCAGUGAUGUUCUCGAAUAGAAUCAACUCCUUGUUUCUCGCACCUGAAGCCAAGUUAAAACCACCAGUUUCCUUCCAUAAGUGCUCUGUUCAGGCUGUUCUGUGUUCCGUGUUGGUUCCACGUCCAGACUCUGACCCGAAUUCAAGUUAAAGAAGAAAAAAAAAAAAAGACGGUAUGGAGGAAAAGGGCUGAGCUCUGCAAGAAAAAAU